AUGGUAAACUCUUUUUGGCCUUCUACAAACUUUGAUUUUGCUUCAGUUGAUGCCUCUAGUCUAGCGGGAGGCAUUUUAUGUGCAUGGGAUCUAGACGUGUUUUCAUUGGAUGAAGUUGUUCAAAACAAGCAUUUUAUUCUCCUAAAAGGCAAAAUUGUUCUUGACUUUGAAUGCAUUUUAAUAAAUGUUUAUGCGUCUAAUGAUCCUGGUGAUAGAAAGAUCUUAUGGGAUGAAAUUAGUAAUCUCAGGUCUCGAUUCACACUCCCUUCGUGUAUAGGCGGUGACAUCAAUGAAGUUUGCAAAAUCAGUGAAAGGAAAAAUUGUCUCAGAAUCAACCAAGGGAUGAGACAAUUUAAUGACUUCAUCAGUAAUCUGGAAUUAUGCAAUCUUCCUCUACUGGGUAGAAACUUUACUUGGUCUAACAAUCAAGAUGCCAAUAGAUGGAGCAGAAUUGAUAGGUUUAUUUGUCACCCUGAAUGGGUUGAAAAGUUCAACAUCAAACAGUGGGGAUUGCAGAGGCUUCUAUUAGAUCAUUGCCCAGUUUUGAUUAUGGAUGAUAAUAGAGACUGGGGUCCAAAACCAUUUCGAUCCCUUAAUGCGUGGGCAUCUCAUCCUGGCUUCACUAAAAUAGUCAAGGAAGCUUGGAAUAAUUGUUCAAUCUUAGGUUGGGCUGGUUUCAGAGUUUUCAUGAAACUUAAAGAAGUAAAAUCUACACUAAAAUCAUGGAAUUCAAAAACCUUUGGCAAUCUGAAUGAAAGUCUAUAUAAGAUCGAGGAGCAGCUUUAUUCUCUAGACCUAAUUCAAGAAAAUCAAGCUCUAUCAGAGGAGGAAAAUUCAUUGAGGAGGAAGUUAAAGCUUGAUCUAUGGAAAUUCCUUAGGCUCAUCGAACAAACAUGGCUACAAAAAUCAAGACAGACCUAG